UACUCCUCACUCCGAACUUUUUUUUAACGUCACGAACAAUUUACCUCAAUCACUAAGUUAUAAUUAUGUGUCUAUUAAUGUGUUAUGUUUUUCUACUAUAUAAUGUUUAGUUACAAGUAGAAAAGGUCGUAGGUUAUGGAAUGAGAUGUACGCAGGCGCCACGGGGACAGGCCGUAACGGGUAUAUGACGUCAUGAAGCCCGUGAAGUGACUUGGUCAUGUACGACAACGAACUAGCUCACUUGUAGUAGAGUAGAGCGCCGCUGUCAGGGGGUUAGCUGCUAAGCUAACUGGAGUCAGUCUUUAGCUGUGUGUUAUAUGUACUCGUUUGACGUUCAAUUGCACAUUUAAUGUCACUGCGAUGCAUCCUAUCAGCGUGUCUAUUCCGUCUUUUCGCUCGGAAAACAACAACAUGGAGAGAGGAUACACGGUAUUUAGAAUUGACGUGCUGAUGAGUGGAAGGCAACACACUGUGGAGAAACGCUACAGUGAAUUCCACACCUUACAUAAAAUGCUGAAAAAGAGCAUCAAACCUCCUGAGAUCCCUUCUAAACAUGUCAGAAACUGGAUUCCCAAAGUACUGGAGCAGAGAAGACAUGGUCUGGAGCUCUACCUGCAGACUAUAAUUAUGGAGAAUGAGGUUCUUCCAAAGAUAUUCUUGGACUUCCUCAAUGUCCGCCAUUUUCCUUCUUUGCCCAAAACUGAGAGCUGCGGGUCUUUUGAUAUAGACUCCAUGGAAUCAAGCAAGCUUUCACAUCAGCCGGUCAUGGUGUUUCUAAAUGACCCCUACCUGCUACCCGAUCAACACGAUGCGUUUUCAAAUGUUGUGAUCGAAGGUGUCAUACAUGGUGUUUUUUACGCUGAGCUCCAGCCCAGGUAGAAACUAGACAGACACAAAGACGCUGCACAUUUUUCGAGAAACUCAGCCUCACUUGCAUCACUAACAAACAUUUUUGCACAUUUACCAGCAUAUAUUUGAGGCAUUUGAAUCAAAAUAAUGAAGUGAAUAAUAAUUCUAACAUGAAUCAAUAGAAGAAGGAUUUAUUUUUCACGGCAGCUGUGAGAGACAAGAAAGGAAAUGAAGCGUUCAAGGCCUCCUGGGACAAAAAAAAAACAAAAAACAAACUGCAGAGCUGGAUGACAGCCUGCAACCAGGGAGGUGCCACUCCCUUUAAAAUACCAGCGCCUGGGUCACAGCAGUGAACACUAAUGUAGGGUUUGUUGGGUUCAUGUUGGACUCCUCAACUAUGACUUGUUUUUUUUUAUGCUUAUAACACUUCUUAAUGGCCAGUAUGUGACACUAGUACCAGUUGAUGAUGAAGGGUGAUCAUGUCGUGCAAUAGGAAAGCAGUAGAUGAUCUGUGAAUUAAUAUUACAUGUUGACAUCUCCAAUUUUAUACGCCACCAUACCAUACCUCAUGAACAUCUGCGUAUUUGGACUGAAUUGUUGUGAUUUUACUCCAAAUCCACUUUGUCCUGGUAGAUUUGUUGUAUUGUUGUACUAAUCUAAUCACGUGAAGAGCAUUGUUGUGCCAUGGAAUGGAUGGAAUAUUCAAAACACUGACUGAAUCGUUUGAUCAUAUGCUUUUUAAAUUAUUAUAAAAGUGACUACAAAGGCAGGUUUUACUCACUAUGAAGGUUUGCAUAGACACUCACCUAUAGCAGAAAAAAACCUGUGCUUAGUUAUGCAGUGUGAGAAUUUCCUCAAAUAGUGGCCUAUAUUGUUUCUCCUAAUUUUAUUCACAAAUAUCACCAUACACUUAAAGGUUUUGUCUGUGUAAGUACGUUAUCUUUAAUGCUUCCUGCCUCUUUUUACCUAGCUUAGGGGGGGCCUUCUGGUCGUGUGUCUCUAUGUGUGAACCAGUAGUCUUAGCUGUGAAGCUGGUUGAUACCAAGUGUGAGCAAAAGGGUGGGAUAAGAUAAAUAUGAAGGCCAAGGAAGUGGGAAAAACUACAACGAGUUGACAAGUCUGCUCUGGUCACGCCAUCUAAAACAUAUGCCAGGAGAAGCCAUUUAUGUAACUACAGACACACUGUAUGUAUUACAAAAUUACAAAUUUUAACCCAUUUCAUACAGUUAUUGUUAGGACAAAGUAUUUUAAUAUGUACCGGUACAAUAUGACAAUAGGUUAGCAGUAUUAUUCAUUUUUUACCACUUAUCCUCACAAGGGUUGCUGGAGCCUAUCCCAGCUGUCUUCGGGCAGUAGGCGGGGUACACCCUGGACUUGUCGCCAGCCAAUCACAGGGCUCGUAUAGACAAACAACCAUUCACACUCACAUUCAUACUUAUGGACAAUUUUGAGUCGCCAAUGUGGGUGGAAACCGGAGUACCCGGAGAAAACCAGCGCAUGCAUGGGGAGAACAUGCAAAUUCCACACAGAGAUGGCCGAGGGUGGAAUCUAACUCGGGUCUGGAAAUGCCUGGUGAUCUCAGCAGUUUAGAGAAAAAAAAAAGUGACUUCAGGCCACUAUUUGAGGAAAAACAAUCAUUUUGUGCAUUUUUCAAACUGCUAUUCAAUGUAAUAAUUUGAAAACAAGAGUAAAGCAAUAAUGAACAAUAUCACAUCAGUAUUUACUCACUCAAAUCUCUGUUUUUUAUUAAAUUUUAAAAAAACCAAACCUUUGGUCCCUUUUAUUCAAAAAUUGUAAAUUUACGACUUGUUUUCUCAUAAAUUUACAAGUUCAUACUCCAAAUCUCGUGUCGUUGUUUCAAUGUUGCCCUAAUACUCAGUCGUACUUUCCAGUUAAAGUAAACAAUGCAAAACUUACCGAUAUCUGUCAUAUUAUCUUAUCUUAGCUAGCACACAACAAAAUACUGUCUUCAUAUUUUGGAAAUAAU